AUGUCUGCCUCUACCCCUCGCACCUCGCUGCGGCAAGGUUUACGCCAUGCCCCCAAAGUGAACCAGCCAUUCAUCCCCGAUACAACCCCUGCCCGCCGAUCACAUAUUCAUCAUGGCCUCACAUCUCCACAACCGUCAACCAGCCCCCAUCAUGUAAACAUCAAUCCGGCUGUCAACCCCCCAAGUGCACAGUAUGUGGUCGAUAGCUGGGAGGGAAAGGACCAUCGCCAGCUGCCCAUGUCGACAAAGGAAGUAGCGACUCCAGGCAAUCGGCCGCUCAUGUUUGCUCAACUGCGUGAUCCUUCAAAGCAGCCUCGGCAAUUAGAUUAUUUUGAUCCUUAUUUCCCAUUGAGAUAUCUUGAGGUUCCACGAACGGAUCACAUCUACAAACGUGCCCACUAUGGCCUGCAGUCAGGUAUCCCAGACGAAGUUGACUUCGCCCUGUAUCACCUUGUCCAAAUUUCGAACCAACGAUGGGAUAAAUUCAAGUUCGAAGGGUUUCCUCUGCUUGCGGAGACUCUGAUGCAGAAAGCACUUGAUAUCACCCAACUCUGCACCGGGGUGAAAUGGGAAUUCCAAUACGAUCCUCGGAAACCGAUUGAUCGGGUCAACGUGCUUAACUCGCUACAUGGCACCCGGGAUAUCUUGGACAAGAUCAGCAAAAUCCCAGUGAACCUGCCAGAUGACAGCCUUGAGACCUACGAAUUUAAUCACCAACUUCGGAACAUUAAAGAAGCUACAUUGGUGCUGCGAAACAUGGUACUCUUAAAGGAAAAUGCAUUUUAUGUAUCUCGCUAUGCAAAUGGUCUGCUACGGGACUUCUUGGUCAUCUUGAUUAAUGCUCCCAACCAACCUCGACUGAACGAAAUCAAGAAUGAUGCUUUGGAUAUUGCCGAAGAAGUUACUAAGUUCCUCCGGACUGAUCCCCAGGACCCGCUGUGGAUCUCUUUAGUGAAAUGCAUCGAUUCCCCAGACCGUGCCCACGUCGUCCGGGCUCUGUGGGCCUUGACACAUUUCGGCACCGAGUUAGAUGAUGCAGAUGCGAAUCGGGCCAUGGAAAGCCUGACCAAACCGACUCUCCAACAAAUGUACUAUCACACGCUUCUCGAUCUCGACAAGGAUAUUCUGAGUGGUGCGCUGGACUUCUGGUAUCAAUACACACUCAGUCAUGACAAUAUCGAGACAUUGAUGGAUGUCCUUAAUUUCCCAAUUGUCUUUGUCCCUCGCAUGGUCGCCCUGUUGACCUACGAAGCACGCCCCACCAAGAAAGAAACUGUCCUCCAAGAAGAAAAAGUUGCACCUCCGCCCACCGAUAUUCCUCGUGUAUCCCCGGAGCUUUUGGAAAAGCUGAUGGAACUAUCAGAACCGGAGCGAAGCUCUCAGUGGCUACGUUGCUGCUUCAUCGAAGAUGCAGAAUGCGAGAUCACACAGAUCGCUCUAUGGCAAGCCUACCAGAGCCGGUUCGCUGAUCCCCGUGUCACCGGAGGUGGUGUUCUCCCCGCCGCAGAAUUCAUCAAAAAUGUCAGCAAUACAUUCACAAAUGCCCAAGCACAGGUCAUCAACGGACCAGGCACUGCUACCAAGUUUAUUAUUAAAGGUAUCCGACCCUUGGAAACCGCCCACACUUUCGAGGGCUUCCCUUAUUCCUACUGCAGAUGGGCAGACAACUCCAAACCCUCAAAAAUGUGCCAGCGUGCAUUCACGUCUCCAACAGACCUGCGCAACCAUGUUUUCGGUGAUCACAUGAAUCUGGAACCUACAGAUACUCCCGGCCAAUAUAAACUAGACACAGCAGAUUCUCCCACCCACACUUGCCAAUGGGACCACUGCACACGAUUCCGAGCCUCUGGGCCAAGCGCGAACACAUCCAUGGUAGCUGGACACGUUUCCUCGCAUUUGCCCGAAGAUCGCCCUGCAGACGCACAACCUACAGUUGCUAAGCGCGUGGUUCUUCAAGAACGGAUCGUUCGCAAAUGGUACUACAUGGACACUCCCAUUAACGAGAAGGCCGAACCAUUUGGAGUGGCCUACAAGGCUGCAUUGGUCCUGCGCAACAUCGCCCGUGGCCUCCCGAACCGAACCACGUCUAAAUACGGUGGCCUUCCCUGGAAAAAGGCGUGCUUCACGAGCCAACGCCCGAAGAUCGUCGAAGUCUGGGACCGGAAUCGCGCGCUACGCAAGGAACUUACCGAAUUGAUCAUGGUAAUUGAGAAAGAGGUCGACUAUUAA